UAGGAUAACCCACUUUUUCUCUAGCCUUCUUUUAUAAGGAAACAAACAAUUUGAAAUUUCGAAUGAUGUGUAACACAUUGAGCUUCUCUUAUAUGUGACAAACAAACAUCCAGGGGGAAAUAAAUAUUGGAACAACCCAUUGGGUCCGCUUGGGAAAUGCUUCACGUCUCCCAAAGAAAUGUUUCCGCAGAUGUUAAAGCUGAAAGAUUGAUCUCUUUCGCUUGUUGGUUUAUGUCUGAGACCUCUGUUGCGUGGGAAGAUGGGGACCAUUUUUUCUGCCAUUUUCUUUGCUUCUUACCCGGCUUUGCUUGUUUGACGGAUUUGCAGGUAUCUGUGUCUCUGGAGCAUCAGCGAGCAAGCGCGAGCGAGCGAGCGAGCGAGAGAGAGAGAGAUGAUGCUUCAUGUGUGUUUGUGUACGUGCAUUGCCUUGGAAUGAUUAGCAGCUACGGUAUUUCUGUACUUGUACACUAAUUGUUUGCUUGCUCCUCUCUCUCUCUCUGGUUAGUAGAGAAAACUCGUUUGUAUUUAGAUUUUUCGUGGAUUUCUUGAAAGCGAGGACUUUUUGUUUCAGUUUUCAACUUCAUUUGUUUGUCCUUAGCAGCUAACACCUAACAGGUUCCUUUUUUUAAAACACUUCUUCUAGUCGGGUUCGUUGAGUGGGUGAAUUCGUGUUCUCUGUUUCACCUAUACUAGACUGUUUUCGUUUUUCUUUAGUUGACUGUUAUAGCCAUUCAGUAGAUGGAGAUGAGUUUGCCUUCUUGUCUCACUUGGCUUUUCAAAACUAAAACCUUUUAAUCUUUAAUGGGUAUGUUUGUUUCCUCAGUUAAGCGACUCCAGAGCUCUUUUGGUUCUCGAUUUCUGAGGUUUUUCAGCAGACAAACAUCGCUUUCUCACCUGGGAGUGACUCUCUAGAGCUCCCUGCUUGAUUUCUCAAUGUCCCAUCUCUGAAUCCUUGCAUUUCUUGCUUUUAAUACUCCACGAUCGCUUGUUAAUUCCAUGAUUGCUUCGGUAAUCUAACACUAGCAAUAGGAAUGUUAUUUCUUCAAACUCUGAGUGCUCCUUGUCAAUCACAAUGCACAAACAAGUAAAUCCCCAUUCAUUACAAAGCUCUGGUAAUUAACAAUCGGUUCUCUGCGCUGAAAUCUCACUACUCUUGCUUCUAAACCUGUUACAAUGGUUUCACAAGACUCAUCCACUGACCCAACUUCAAGUGUUCUACACCAAUUCAUUAUUUCGGACACACUUUCAAGCCGAACCCAUUUCGAAGACAAUGACUUUGCUACUUACCAAUCUGAUGGAAGAAACGGGAAUUUGUUCCCUCAAUCCCUCGGUCUACUGCCUAGCAUUCACUUCUCUAGAUCAAUAGAGAAGUUUCAAGCUCCCGUCAUAUCAGAGGAUUCUGAGACUUGUAGUAGGAGACAUUUGAUGAUAGCAAAGGAGACUGAUCCCCAGAGCCAAAGAUUGUCCCUCAGUCUUGGUUCUCAUUUUCCACCCCACGUUCUAGUUCCUUCAAGACCCUUGAAUUCAGAUCUCAGAGGCGGCUCUAGCUAUUUAGUUGCUGAAGAAGAAUCCAGAGAUGAUUAUCCCUUUAUUGGUAAUACCUAUACCACAUCUUCGACCUUGCAGAACCAAGGUUGUUCCACUUCUUACGAAAUAGAAUCGUUUGCUACCAUGGUUGGGAAUUCUAGAUAUCUGAAGCCAGCUCAGUCCCUGCUUGAGGAGGUUGUUAGUGUGGGAGGCAAGGCUAUUGGUUUCAGUUCAGAGAAAUCUCUUAGACGGUUAGCCCACAAUAGCAGAAGAGGACCACUCGGAGUUGUUUCCCCAGAAUUGCAAGCGGGGUUCUGCAGUAAUGGGUUUUCGUCUGAUCUUCAAACUAAAAUUGCCAAACUCAAUGCUUUGUUGGAUGAGGUUGACAGCAGAUACGAGCAGUACUACCAUCAAAUGGAGGAAGUGGUAUCAUCGUUCGAGGUGAUAGCUGGCGUAGGGGCAGCGAAGUCUUACACUGCUCUAGCGCUCCAAGCCAUGUAUAGACACUUUCGCAGCUUAAGAGAUGCCAUAGUUGCUCAAAUAAAUGUGGCAAAAACCCAAGCCUCUCAAGAUAUACCAAGAAUUCAUAGCGGUCUUUCGCAGCUUAGUUUGUUUGAUCAAGAAGGAAGACAUAAUCGAGGGUCUCUUCAACAUCUUGGGAUGAUACAGAGCCAACGGCAGGCAUGGAGACCAAUAAGAGGGUUGCCGGAAAACUCUGUGGCAAUCCUUCGCUCUUGGCUUUUCGAACAUUUCCUCCACCCUUAUCCAAAUGACUCCGAGAAGCUAAUUUUGGCAUCACAAACAGGAUUAACAAAAAACCAAGUUUCAAAUUGGUUCAUAAAUGCCCGAGUUCGGUUGUGGAAGCCUAUGAUUGAAGAGAUGUACAAAGAGGAGUUUGCAGAGUCUUCAGAGGAUCCAAAUUCGUCAUCAGGAAACGUUUCUACAGCAAGGAAUGAUGCCCCAGAUCAUUCAUGAAUGUAUGGAGAAAUUGAGAAAGUGACCAAUGUUGUUUGAGACUUGAUAACAGAGCUGCUUCACUACUGGGUAAAUGGAAUGGUGCAGUUAUCUAUACUCAUUGGAAAGCAUUAGCACCGAUGAACAUGAUGAUUCGGCCAAAUUCCAGUUAUAUCAAACCACCCCUUCAUGUUCAUCCAAUCCCAGAUGCCAGAUGGAGUUGAUGGCAUGGUGUCGAUAAUGUUUCAAAAUCAUGUCGCAAGAAUCAAGUGCUAAGCGUGUUAGCACGAAUAUCCAAAUUGCAGUUUGUAGAUGGGCAUGUCUGGGAAAAGCAUCCAUGUACCCAGGCCAGGCCAUAUCAAUUUAUUCUUCUUGUAAGAAAUUAGAAAUAGCUUUCUUUUUUCUUUCUUUUAUUUUAUUUUUUAUUUUUAUAAUAGAAACUAGCUAAAAAUAGCUUUAGAUGAU